GACGUGCGUCCCGUCCGCCGCCGCCCGCCCCCGGAGCGCUGCUCGCCGAGCCGCCCUCGGCCCGACGGUGUGCCAGGGAGCCGCGAUGGGCCGGGCGCGCUGCCCGCCGCAGGGAGCGCGGGGCCCGCGGGGGUAGAGGUGCGAGGGAGGCCCCGGGCCCGGUCCCCGCCGGUCCUUCGGUGCUGCCCGGGCCGCGCCACCGAGCCCGGCCGGGGUUGCUGCCUGCGCCAGGUGAAGGCGCUGCGUGCCCCAGGUCCGUCCUUGCUCGCGCACCGGGGAGUGCCGACCCCGCUGCCCUUGGCCCGUCGUGCCCCUCCGGCCGGAGGGACCCCCGGCCCCGCUGGGUGCCGGGCUGGACAUCGCUGCCCACCUGGUGCCCGGCGCUCCCCCGCCCAUGGAGUCCGAGAUGCUGCAGUCGCCUCUCCUGGGGCUCGGGGAGGAGGAUGAGUCCGACCUGACGGACUGGAACUUGCCCCUGGCCUUCAUGAAGAAAAGGCACUGCGAGAAGAUCGAAGGCUCCAAGUCUUUGGCUCAGAGCUGGAGGAUGAAGGACCGGAUGAAGACUGUAAGUGUUGCCUUAGUUUUGUGCCUCAACGUCGGCGUGGACCCCCCAGAUGUGGUGAAAACAACUCCCUGUGCCCGCCUGGAGUGCUGGAUUGAUCCUCUGUCCAUGGGGCCUCAGAAAGCUCUGGAGACCAUCGGGGCCAACCUGCAGAAGCAGUAUGAGAACUGGCAGCCCAGGGCCAGGUACAAGCAGAGCCUGGACCCCACGGUGGACGAGGUGAAGAAGCUGUGCACGUCGCUGCGCCGCAACGCCAAGGAGGAGCGCGUGCUGUUCCACUACAACGGGCACGGCGUGCCCCGGCCCACCGUCAACGGCGAGAUCUGGGUCUUCAACAAGAACUACACCCAGUACAUCCCCCUGUCCAUCUAUGACCUGCAGACCUGGAUGGGGAGCCCUUCCAUCUUUGUCUACGACUGCUCCAACGCUGGCCUCAUCGUCAAGUCCUUCAAGCAGUUUGCACUACAGAGAGAGCAGGAGCUGGAGGUGGCUGCCAUUAACCCCAACCACCCCCUUGCCCAGAUGCCUCUGCCCCCCUCCAUGAAGAACUGCAUCCAGCUGGCAGCCUGUGAGGCCAACGAGCUGCUGCCCAUGAUCCCAGACCUGCCUGCAGACCUGUUCACCUCCUGCCUCACCACCCCCAUCAAGAUCGCGCUGCGCUGGUUCUGCAUGCAGAAGAGUGUCAGGCUGGUGCCAGGAGUCACGCUGGAUUUAAUAGAGAAGAUUCCUGGGAGGCUGAACGACAGGAGAACCCCCCUGGGGGAGCUGAACUGGAUCUUCACAGCCAUCACAGACACCAUUGCCUGGAACGUCCUGCCCAGAGAUCUUUUCCAGAAGCUCUUCCGGCAGGACCUGCUGGUGGCCAGCUUGUUCCGGAACUUUCUGCUGGCAGAGAGGAUCAUGAGGUCCUACAACUGCACCCCCGUGAGCAGCCCCAGGCUGCCCCCCACCUACAUGCACGCCAUGUGGCAAGCCUGGGACCUUGCUGUUGACAUUUGCCUCUCCCAGCUGCCCACCAUCAUCGAGGAGGGAACUGCCUUCAGGCACAGCCCCUUCUUCGCCGAGCAGCUCACGGCCUUCCAGGUGUGGCUGACCAUGGGCGUGGAGAACCGCAACCCCCCGGAGCAGCUGCCCAUCGUCCUGCAGGUGCUGCUGAGCCAGGUGCACCGGCUGCGAGCGCUGGAUCUGCUGGGGAGGUUCCUGGACCUGGGCCCCUGGGCUGUCAGUCUGGCCCUCUCUGUUGGCAUCUUCCCCUAUGUGCUGAAGCUCCUGCAGAGCUCAGCCCGUGAGCUGAGACCUCUCCUGGUGUUCAUCUGGGCCAAGAUCCUGGCAGUGGACAGUUCGUGCCAGGCUGACCUGGUGAAGGACAAUGGGCACAAGUAUUUCCUCUCAGUGCUGGCAGAUCCCUACAUGCCAGCUGAGCACAGGACCAUGACAGCAUUCAUCCUGGCUGUGAUUGUCAACAACUACAACACGGGCCAGGAAGCCUGCCUGCAGGGGAACCUGAUAGCGAUCUGCCUGGAGCAGCUGAACGAUCCCCACCCGCUCCUCAGGCAGUGGGUGGCCAUUUGUCUGGGGAGGAUCUGGCAGAACUUCGACUCAGCCAGGUGGUGUGGAGUGAGAGACAGCGCCCAUGAGAAGCUCUACAGCCUCCUCUCAGAUCCAAUCCCAGAGGUGCGCUGUGCUGCAGUCUUUGCCCUGGGCACCUUCGUGGGGAACUCGGCGGAGCGCACGGACCACUCGACCACCAUCGACCACAACGUGGCCAUGAUGCUGGCCCAGCUCAUCAACGAUGGCAGCCCCAUGGUGCGCAAGGAGCUGGUGGUGGCCCUGAGUCACCUGGUGGUUCAGUACGAGAGCAACUUCUGCACCGUGGCCUUGCAGUUCAUAGAAGAGGAGAAGAAUUACCCUCUCCCUUCUCCAGCUGCUCCAGAGGGUGGGAGCCUGACCCCCGUGCGGGACGGGCCCUGCACGCCGCGGCUGCGCUCCGUCAGCUCCUACGGCAACAUCCGCGCCGUCACCAGCGCCCGGAGCCUCAACAAGAGCCUGCAGAACCUCAGCCUCACCGAGGAGACUGGAAGCUCUGUGGCCUUUUCCCCUGGGAACCUGAGCACGAGCAGCAGUGCCAGCAGCACGCUGGGCAGCCCCGAGAACGAGGAGUACAUCCUGUCCUUCGAGACCAUCGACAAGAUGAGAAGAGUCAGCUCCUACUCCUCCCUCAACUCCCUCAUCGGUGUGAGUUUCAACAGUGUUUAUACCCAAAUUUGGAGAGUGCUCCUUCACCUGGCUGCUGACCCCUAUCCCGACGUGUCCGACCUGGCCAUGAAGGUUCUCAACAGCAUUGCCUACAAGGCCACGGUCAACGCUCGCCCCCAGCGCAUCCUGGACACCUCCUCGCUGACCCAGUCGGCCCCUGCCAGCCCCACCAACAAGGGGAUGCACAUCCACCAAGUGGGAGGGUCCCCUCCAACCACGAGCACGAGCAGCUCCAGCCUGACCAACGAGGUGCCCAAGCCGGCGGUGAGCCGGGACCUGGCGUCCGUGCGCCCCAGCGUCACCAACGUGGGGGUGCAGUACACCCCCCACUCCCACCAGUUCCCCAGGACAAGGAAAAUGUUUGACAAAGGCCCAGAACAGACAGCUGAUGAUGCUGAUGAUGCUGUGGGACACAAGAGCUUCAUCUCGGCCGCGGUGCAGACCGGCUUCUGCGACUGGAGCGCCAAGUACUUCGCCCAGCCCGUGAUGAAGAUCCCCGAGGAGCACGACCUGGAGAGCCAGAUCCGCAAGGAGCGGGAGUGGCGCUUCCUGCGCAACGCGCGCGUGCGCAAACAGGCGCAGAAGAUCAUCCAGAAGGGCAUCUCCCGGCUGGACGAUCAGAUCUUCCUCAACAGGAACCCAGGCGUGCCCUCCGUGGUGAAGUUCCACCCCUUCACCCCCUGCAUCGCUGUGGCUGACAAGGACAGCAUCUGCUUUUGGGACUGGGAGAAGGGGGAGAAGCUGGACUACUUCCACAACGGGAACCCUCGGUACACGCGGAUCACGGCCAUGGAGUACCUGAACGGGCAGGACUGCUCCCUGCUGCUCACUGCCACAGACGAUGGUGCCAUCAGGGUGUGGAAGAACUUUGCAGACCUGGAGAAGAACCCGGAGAUGGUGACAGCCUGGCAGGGGCUGUCAGACAUGCUGCCAACCACACGAGGUCUGGCCCGAAGGGUGUCCAUCUAUCUGGACAGAAGCAAGCAGGGAGGAGCAGGGAUGGUGGUGGACUGGGAGCAGGAGACUGGGCUCCUGAUGACCUCGGGAGACGUGAGGAUCAUCCGGAUCUGGGACACGGAUCGGGAGAUGAAAGUACAGGACAUUCCCACGGGAGCUGACAGCUGUGUCACCAGCCUGUCCUGUGACUCCCACCGCUCGCUGAUCGUGGCGGGGCUGGGCGAUGGCUCCAUCCCCGUGUCAUGA